AUGGGCCAUUCCAAAUCAUUAUCAUUACAUGAGAUUGAGCAUAAUCGACAAUUUGAUCAGAUGAACGUUUCAACAAAUGAACAAGAUCGAAAAUCGGAAAUCGAUCGAAAAAUGGAAGAAAUGCGUAUUAAAAAUUUAGAAAUGUUAAAACGACAUAAAUUUUCAUUUCCAUUGGAAAUUCAAAACUCACAUCUUGUCAUAACGGCUAGUUCGCGUAACACCGAAAUAGAAGAAGAUCGUCAACAAGCUGAACAAACGGGAGCGAUAAAAAUGAUUCUUCACACUGAUGGUCGACCACGUACGAGUAAAGGCAAACAUGUUCGUUUACAAAUACCUCAAGACACUCAUCAACAUCCCACAGAACGUAUACAUCGACCACCGAUGAGAAGAAAAUUUGAGAAUAAUAAUCGAGCAACUAAUAAUGAAUUACCGCAACGUGUUGAUUAUAAUAAAUUAAAACGACAGCGUCAAUAUGAGAUAAAUAAUCAAAAUAAUAACAAUGUUAAUCCCGAACUAUUGGAAUAUGCUUAUCCUUAUCAUACAAAUCGUUCAUAUCAUGAUAAUAAUGCUGGAAGAAUUGGAAGUGGUCGAUUUCCACAAACACAAUCUGGCUAUGUUGGUGGUCCAAGACGAAGAGAUGGUCGUAUACGUCAACAAAUUCGUCCUAAUACAGACGCUGAAUUUCAUCUUGAUGUACCAUCUGUACCAAAUUGGAAUGGUGUAUACAACAAUACACGUCAACAGUCACAACAACAAUUUUAUAAUCAAAAUAAUAACAUGAAUAAUAAUAAUAACACGGAUAAUAGUUUAAGUCACGAGUUGGAUUAUAAUAACUCAAACGUCAAUGACGUUCGGUAUCGUUCUAUGCCAACAUCAUCGUCAUCUCGUCCAACAUACCAUCAAAAUCGUCAUGCCGCAUUUGUUGACAAUGGAGAAAACAAUCAGACUACUAAUGAUUUUAUUCCACCAUCACAUACUCAGAAUCAUCAUCAACAACAAUCAUAUUCUCAUUCGACAACAGUCGUUCACCCAACAAGAACAUUUCAAAAUUCAAAUCGUUUAUUGAACAGCAACCAUAAUACAAAUAGUCUACAAACGCAAAAUGAAUUUUCUACUCAAACUGAAGUUCCACCACGUUUUCGUCGUCUACAAUACCAGCACCAACAACAGUCUCCAACAUAUCCUGAUGCAAACAAUAAUCAUGACCUCAAACAUUAUCGUUCAGCACAAAAUUUUUCACUCACUUCUGAUCAAAAUAAUGAAAAUCCACAUCAACAACAGCCAGCAUUUCGUCAUUCAACAAAUACGAAUAGACAUCGUCCGAUUUCAGGUGAUUUUGAUUCUGUUCAUCGUCCAUUAGAUGACAAUUCGAAUACGAACAACGCAUAUGCUAAUCACGAACGUCCUCCUCGUUUUAAUCAACAACAAAAUCGUAUGCAACGACCUAAAUCAUUCUAUGAUUACUCGCAACAACCAGGACAACAACAAUCAAAUUAUUUUUCAAAACGAUCAACAGAUGACUAUAAUUUAUCAUCAAGAGCACGGUUAAAUCGUCAUCAAGACAAUACGAAUUCAUUACCAUUAUCGGCUUAUAUGAACGAUAAUAAUAAUACGAACCAUCAAUAUCGUCAGCGACGUCCACAACAACAAUUUCGAACACACUACGAUAAUAAUAAUAAUAUGCAUGAUGAAUUUGAUGCCUAUAGAUUAGAUAAUUUUUUUCCAUCGAGACAACGAAAUAAUACCGGUGUAAAUAAUAAUAGACAAUAUCGAAUGAAUUUUACCCAGAAAUCAACUCAAAAUCGAAGAGGUCAUGGUAGUGCUUUAGGACGCGGUGCUAGUGAAUUUGUAUUGCCAACUGAUGACUUUUGGGAAGAUAAUCAUACAGAUUUGAUUGGUACACCACUUCAUGAAGAAAAUCCUGCUCAUUUAGAUGCGGAUGAUGAUAGUUUGAGUAAUACAAGUGAGAAUACGACCAAUAAAAAUCGGCAUAUGGAUAAUCAACAACAUUCAGUAAAAUCUAGUAGUGAAUUAUCAAAUGAUGAUAUUGAUAAUAACUCAACAAGCCAAGAUGGCAUUUACUUGAGUCCAAGUGCUGGAAUGGGCCUCAGCAACUAUGAUGAUGUGACUACAUUUGAUACUAAAAUUGAUGCUGCCUUAAAAAAGUUAGAAGAUGAUCUGAAAAUGGAAGAAGCUGUUGAAGAUGAAUUAUCAAAGGGUUUCAAACUACCCGCUAAUCUCAAUGAUGACGAAGAUUAUAAUGAUGAAAUGAAUUUAGCUGAUAUUGAUCAUGACCUUGAUGUGGCCAGUAGCGAAGAUGAUGAUCUUAGUCGACAGCAAAUGGAUGCAUUAGAAGGAGAAUUAAAUACAAAAUUAACGUUAACAUCGGAUCUUAAAGAUAAUAGUACAACAGUAAUGACAAAAGAAGAAAAAUCACUUGAACCAGAGAAAGAGAAAAAUAUUCAAAUAACAGAAUUAUCUAUCAAUGAACUAACAGCUGCCACAGCUUGA